AUGUCCGAAACGACAGCCGCCGAGGCUUCGAAGCCAGUGCACACCAUAAUUCUCGAUGCCGGGCCUCUGAUCAAAAACGUCCCGCCCAUUUCCACCCUCCUCGCUCAGUCCCACGUACUCCUCACCACCCCCGCCGUCGUCUCCGAAAUCCGCGAUCCAGAUGCCCGCCAAAGAAUAGAGACGCUCUACCUUCCUUUCCUCGAGCGACGGUCCCCCAAGCCCGAGAGUUUAAGGGUUGUUGCUGAAUUUGCGCGAAAGACGGGCGAUCGCGAAGUGCUGAGCCGGCCAGAUUUGGAGAUCCUGGCCCUGGCAUAUGAGGUGGAGUGCGAGAGGAAUGGAGGCGAUUGGAGGCUGCGAAAGGUGCCGGGCCAAAAGGGGAUUAAUGGUGCGCCUCCGACGAAAGAGACGCAGCCGGUGACUGAGAAGAGCGAUGAAAAGGCGGAGAUGACAGAAACUACAGAUGGAACGGAGGCGCUGGCAACGGAUGAGUCGGUUAACGAUGUUACAAAAGUAUUGGAAACAACAACAUUGGAAAAUAGCGAUGAUCAGACUGAACAGCGGACCGAUCCAGUUGCUCGGUCGCCGUCUAAUAACGUCGAUGCAGAAGAUGGCUCUGAUGGCACCGACGAGAACACACAGGACGACGAAGGCUCGGAUUCGGAUGAUGGCUGGAUCACGCCGUCCAACAUUAAGAAACGACAAGCCCGCGACUCAGCCAAAGUUGCCGGGUCUGCUGAAACCAAAACCAUGCAAGUCGCGACCAUCACGACGGACUUUGCAAUGCAGAACGUGCUCCUUCAAAUGAACCUCAACCUACUCUCUACCACCAAUUUAGAGCGGAUACGGCAUCUCAAAUCAUACAUACUUCGCUGUCACGGCUGCUUCUUUACUACCAGAGAAAUGACCAAGCAGUUUUGCCCGCGAUGUGGACAACCGACUCUGACUCGUGUCUCCUGCUCUACAACGGCGGAUGGUGGGUUCAAAAUGCAUUUGAGAAAGAACAUGCAAUGGAAUACUAGAGGGAAUAAAUUCAGCAUCCCUAAACCUAUUGCGGGUACUGCGAGCGGCAAAUGGAGUGGUGAUGGAGGUGGCCAGGGAGGUUGGGGAUCAGAGCUGAUUCUUGCUCCAGAUCAAAAGGAGCGGCAGGAUCAAAGUGGGAGCGGGUCGAACAGUCAACUCGAAACGACGGAGGUGAUUGGAGGGGGUUCUGUUCUGAGUUUUUGCAGCAUUGUUUGGAGCAUAAAAGUCAUGACAUUUUGA